GAAGGAUCCUGAGGAGGAGGGAAGAAUUGUUGCAUAUUUUGAAGUCAAGGAUCAGGCUCUGACUUUUCUGGAUUCUGUGCUUCACCAAUAGAGGAACCCCAUGGAUUAUUAAUUAGUUCUUGCAAUUCUAGAAUCAUGACUGAUGGCUUGGUGACUUUCAGGGAUGUGGCCAUCGACUUCUCUCAGGAGGAGUGGGAGUGCCUGGACCCUGCUCAGAGGGACUUGUACGUGGAUGUGAUGUUGGAGAACUAUAGUAACUUGGUCUCAUUGGAUUUGGAGUCAACAUAUGCAACCAAAAAUAAAAUUUCAGAAAAAGACAUUUUUGAAAUACAUUUUUCCCAAUGGGAGAGGACGGAAAGAAGUAAAACUCUUGGCCUUGAGGCAUUCAUUUUCAAAAAUAAUUCUAAGUGCAAAAGCAAAUUGGAGGGACUACAGGGACAUCAAGAGGCAUACUUUAGUCAAAUGAUAAUUAGCUAUGAAAAAAUGCCCAUUUACAGAAAAAGCAAAUCUUUUAGUGCACAUCAAAGAAUUCAUAAUAGAGAGAAACGCUAUAUUUGUAAGGAAUGUGGGAAGGCUUGUAGUCAUGGGUCAAAACUUGUUCAACAUGAGAGAACUCAUAUGACUGAAAAACACUUUGAAUGUAGUGAAUGUGGGAAGGGCUUUUUUAGUGCCUAUCAACUUACUGUGCAUCAGAGAUUUCAUACUGGUGAGAAACCCUACGAAUGUAAGGAAUGUGGGAAGACCUUUAGUUGGGGAUCUAGUCUUGUUAAACAUGAAAGAAUCCAUACUGGCGAGAAACCCUAUGAAUGUAAAGAAUGCGGGAAGGCUUUCAGUCGUGGCUACCACCUCACUCAACAUCAGAAAAUUCAUAUUGGUGUGAAAUCUUACAAAUGUAAGGAAUGUGGGAAGGCCUUUUUUUGGGGCUCAAGCCUCGCUAAACAUGAGAUAAUUCAUACAGGUGAGAAACCUUAUAAAUGUAAAGAAUGUGGGAAGGCCUUCAGUCGUGGUUAUCAACUUACUCAGCAUCAGAAAAUUCAUACUGGCAAGAAGCCUUAUGAAUGUAAAGUAUGUGGAAAGGCAUUUUGUUGGGGCUAUCAACUUACUCGACAUCAGGUAUUUCAUACUGGCAAGAAACCCUAUGAAUGUAAGGAAUGUGGGAAGACCUUUAAUUGUGGCUCAAGUCUUAUUCAACAUGAGAGAAUCCAUACUGGCGAGAAACCUUAUGGAUGUAGAGAAUGUGGGAAGGCCUUCAGUCGUGGCUAUCACCUCACUCAACAUCAGAAAAUCCAUACUGGUGAAAAACCUUUUGAAUGUAAGGAAUGUGGGAAGGCUUUUAGCUGGGGUUCAAGCCUUGUUAAACAUGAGAGAAUCCAUACUGGUGAGAAGUCCUAUGAAUGUAAAGAAUGUGGGAAGGCCUUUGGUAGUAGCUAUCAACUUACUCGACAUCAGAUAUUUCAUACUGGUGAGAAGCCCUAUAAAUGUAAGGAAUGUGGGAAGACCUUUAAUUGUGGCUCAAGUCUUGUUCAACAUGAGAGAAUCCAUACUGGCGAGAAACCUUAUGAAUGUAAAGAAUGUGGGAAGGCUUUCAGUCGUGGCUAUCACCUUACGCAACAUCAGAAAAUCCAUACUGGUGAGAAACCUUUUAAGUGUAAGGAAUGUGGGAAGGCCUUUAGUUGGGCUUCAAGCCUUGUUAAACAUGAGAGAAUCCAUACUGGUGAGAAGUCCUAUGAAUGUAAGCAAUGUGGGAAGGCCUUUGGUAGUGGCUAUCAACUUACUGUUCAUCAGAGAUUUCAUGCUGGUGAGAACCCUUAUCAAUGUAAGGAAUUUGGGAAGACCUUUGUUAAUGGCUCAAACCUUGUUCAACAUGAGAGAACUCAUAGUAAUGAUAAACCUUAUGAAUAUAAAGAAUGUGGGGAAGCCUUUAUAUGGACAACUUAA